CAAAUAAAAAUACGGCAACUGACGACUUACAGAAACAAGUGAAAGGCAGUGGAAAGGAGCUGAUGGUAGGUGAUGCGACAGAAGCUGGCAAGCAAAAGCCUACAUCGAAGAUUUCGAUAGGUAAGCAAGGUUUCGAUAACGAAAUAGUGAAAGAAGCGGUAACGAGAAAGACUUCGAACCUUAAAAAAGUAGAUGGCAGAGAAUCCACUUCUGAGUAUGCCAAGUCAGUUCUUGGAACCGCAACUGGUAAAGGUGAUAUCAAGGCAUCAGUGAUGCCCAAUGAUAAAUUGCAUGGUGUUGAAGAAGUGAAAAAGAAAAAAGAAACAAUGGUUGAGAGUAGACCUGCAAAUGGAGUGAUCCUGAUCGUUGUCAAAUCGGGAAAAAAUGCAAGUGAAAGAUCUGAAAAAGAGAGGAUCAAAGAUAGAUCUGGUCAAGACGGAUUUACUAAUGGCAAAACAGCUGCAAACAAAGAAAAUGCAAAGGAGUCUUCCGAAAAUCACAGCAUGCCUUCGAAAGAAACAACGAUAGUGACAAGCAUUUCAGACUAUCUUAGAAGUAAUCAGGAAAGGAUCACUAGCAGCAGCGAUCAAUCGAGACACAGAGAUGGAGAAAAAACAGGAAAUUUCGAAACCACUUUGAUUGGGAACAAAAGAAGGGCGUCGUUACCUGACAAAACAGCACGAAAUGAUAUGACUACCAUAACUAAAGAAACCCACAACUCCACUUCUCGCAAAGAUGGCAUUGCUAUGUUACUCACCAUUCAAAAAGGAAAGGGUGGAAAUUAUUACGCAUCAAAUGCCCCGGCGCGAAAGCUGAUAUUAAAUGGAGAAUUGAAUGCGAUCGAAAGUGACAGAAAAGAAACAAGUAGAAAGCGCAUGCCCCAAAAUAAUAACAAACAAAACACAAGCAUCGAUGAAAGAGUAUCAAAAGGAGUGAAAGGAAGCAAAAAGUCGGACAAUGGCAAUAUUGAUUCAGAAAAGAAACAAAAGAGCAAAUCAAACGCUCAAAAAUCUCGUCGGGAAAACAUAGGUGACAAACUCAAGAAAAAUAAGGCCCCCUCAAGUAAGUACGAUCGGAUUAGGAUUAGUGGCACUGAAGAAAUUGUAAAAAUAACGAAGAAUAUGCGAGAUCACGAUCAACAGGAAACCUCAACAGAGGCUGCCCUAAAAAAUACAAAAAACAACGUCACAUCAGAAACGGUAGCAAAUUACGCAAAACUACCAGAUAAGGACGCACGUGAGAAAGGAAGGAAGCCUUUGCCAAGUAGCGGCAGGGUACUUAAAAAAUUGGUAGAAACGGAGGGGGUAGGAAAUGACAAGGCUGGCACAAUUAAGGAGAACAAGACUAAAUUUGAUGUUGACAGAGUGAAAGAAAAUAAGCGACCAAAAGAUGGAAAGACUACGACGAGUGUCAGUGACCGAAAUCCUGGAUCUGCUAGCUACAGAGCACCUAAACCAGAAAAGAAAAAUGAACAACCAGAAAUUGGUCAUGAUACUUCUGGCACUAAGCAAGAGCCUGUAAACAGCGACAGACCCUUGAACAAGGCAACAGUUGAAGGAGAAGAACCAAAUAGUAAUAACAGUCGCGAAAAGAAGGUCCCGUCAGUUAGCAACGGCGCCAUAAAACGGAGAACAGAAAGAAGGAAUACUAAACUGAAUACUGUCACUUUUUCGGAGGUCAGGGAAAAGAAAGAACCGCAUAAAGAGGAAGACAUCCAAAGUGGAAGUGAUCGAAAAUCUAACUUCGGUGCCGGUGGAACGACUGUGGUUGAGAGAACGAACGCUAACAAAGGCUCAUCGAAGGGCGUUGCACAGAAGUCUGCGAACAAUGUUGCAAUGAGUGACAAAAACAUAACUAGUAGAAAGCGUAUGCAACAGAUGAAGGAGAACUAUGUGCCGAAUACCAAUGGAAGGUCUAAAGCAUGGAAAAGCAGUACAGCAGAAAGUGAUCAAGAAGUGAAGCGAAAACUCGCAGAUGUUGAUCUACUUCCAAAAGAAAAUGCGAGUAACAAGAGACAAGAAAGGAAGAAGAUCACUACAAGCAGCAACAAACGAAAGCUUGGUUACGGCGACGGAGCAGUUCCGUAUUUGAUAAGCAACAGUGAAAGAGGAUCUCAAAAGAGUACCAUUGCUGUUAAACAAGAUUAUAACAACGGUCAUCUUGUAAAAGACAGAGUGAGAGGUAAUGGGGAAGGAGGGAGAAGCGAAAAGAAAAAGGAGGAAAUGGCAGAUAGCUAUAAACCAGCCAAAAAAUUGAAAGAAUUUAAAGAAACGGCAAAUGUUUUGCAUGCGGAGCGGAACACAACCUUGCAUAGUAGCAAAUCCUUUGAAAAGUUUAAGAAAAAGAACGAAUUGGGAGAAGGAAGGGCGACCACAACUGACAGUGUUCGAAAGGGCAAUGUUGCAGCAGUUGUGAUUGUACUUCAACCGAACAGUAGUAAAUCUGUAAUUGGCAAAAUAAGAGGUGAUGGAUAUGGAGAAAACAGUAAGAAUAUGCGUGAGAAGCAAAAGAAGCUUAUGUAUCGUGAGUCCAAAUUGGGGAAGCAAAUUAGGAGAAAAGAGGGUAGCAAAUCUGUUUUGGACAAAGACCAAAAAACACUGAAAGGCAAUCAAUCUUUAAAGAGAGCUGCAAAGGAAAAUGUAUUGAAGAAGCAGAAGAACACUACAAGCAGAAAGUAUUCAGAGUCCGCACAAGUAUUCGGAGCAGUUCCGAAAGCAAGAAAGAAAAACGAAGAACGACCUAACCAGAUUAUGUCACAUGGUUCUACGCAGAAGGUUAAAAGCGACGAAAAUGUAAGGGAAAAGACAGAAGGCAAUGAGAAAGAAAGCGGAAAGGAAAAAAAGGAAGAGACAAAUAGCGAUAAAGCAUCCGAAAAAGUGGAAAAAAGCAACAUCAAAGAAAAUGGUGGAAAUAAA